UCUGGACGCGAAUUCACUUUUAGUCGUUCGAAUUAAGUAAAUAUUUACUUAAACUCUCGAAAAUUUUCCCAAUUCAAAACCGAAGUUGAUUGAUUUUGAAAACAAUGCAUGCUAUUAGAGGAACACACAAGAACAGUAAAACAUACAAUUAAAGUGAUAAAAUAAAACAAUGGAGCAAGUUUCUCGAAAUGUCAGGGAAGCGAGCCAAAGUCAAUAAAAUGUACAUACAUACAUAUAUAUCUAUGCACCCAUGUAUGUAUAUGAAUAGUCCGACUUGUGUCGAAGAAACAUUAUAAAUAGUAAUAAAAAAAUUAAUCAUAAAAAGUUAUUCCGUAAAAAGGCUAAAGCCAACCGCAAUAAUAAAUCGUGAACGCGCGGUCACAACCAUAAAAGUCCAUCUACAACCGUCAAAAUUAAAUAUUAUUCACAACAAUAACACCGGUCAAAACCGUUUAUUGAUUGUAAAAGUUUUUAAUUUGUUACUUGUAUCGUCUUUGUGCUUGUGUAUGUGAUGCUAGUGAAAGAAUAUCCGUUCAAAUAUAAAGCCCAAUAUCUAAUCAAAGUAACCGCAUCUUAGUUAUAUUUGCGCAUGUGUGUGUGACCUUCGCUUGGGCUGGGAUGAGUGUUUCAAAUUGGGCCAUCAAGUGCAACAACAACAAUGACGAGCAAAACACUGAUUUUGUAGCUUGAAAGCUGCUGUAGAAAUGACAAACCUCCGAUACACAAUUUACGUCGAAGCCGAUACGAAAUCACAUAAAAAUUCUCAACAAGUUUAUUACUUUUAAAUCGUGCAGUGGUCAAACCCACAGCUUACAAAUUCAUAUUCAUAACAUACAGACGUAUGUAUGAAAAAAAAAAACAAACAAUUUCGAAUACCUCGCCAAAGUGACACGUAUUGCGCUUGUAAAACACUCCGUGCCUGAACUAAGUAUCUAUAAAUAUUCAUCGGCACCAGAGUCACAACAAAAGGCGUUCUCUAUAAACAUACCGAAACAGCAUUUAGCUGCAACAUAAACUGAUUUGCGUUUCACUACGGAGAUAUCAAAAGAUUAACUGGAAAUGACUAAAAUAUUAAGCCUCCAUUUGCCUUUAGCUCUUGCCACCAAACACAACACCAUUACUCCGUCACUCCAACAAGGACCUCUUUUUCCACACACUACCACUCCCACAACCAUACGCACGCCAACAAACAAAUAUUCCCAGCGGAUCUGCACAAAAUGAUGGAUCGCAUCCCAUCAUUAUCGCUAUCAGGCAUAUCGCUCGCGCAUCCACUCUCGUUAUCCACAACAGGACAGCAACUGCAAAACCAUCUUAAUUCAGCAUCGGCGGUCACAUCGUCAACUAGUACAGGUGGGCACCAUCACCAGCAUCAUCAUCAUCAUCACCAUUUGGGUCAAUUAGCCGCGGUUGUUCAUCAACAGCAGCAACAACAGUUGCAACAGCAACAGCAGCAACAACAACAGCAUCAUCACCAACAAGCCCAUCUACAAGCACAUCACAACAAUCAUCAUCUAAGCCAUCACCAGCUUUCAUUGAAUUCAGCAUCCUCGACAAGCCACUCACCAACAUCUAGCAACUCAGCGUCUGCAUCGCUGCACCAUCAUCACACCUCACUACUGGCGUCACACUCGGGCAUUCACACCUCUCCAACUUCGUUGUCACACCAUCCACACAGCAGCAGCAGCAAUAACCACUCCGCAUCGUCAUCCACGUCGCUUUUACUUCAUCAGUCAGCCUCAGCUUCGUCGUCGGCUGGUUCGGCGGGAUCAGGCAGCUCAGUGAGCUCAGGUGGUGGUUCUGUAGGAGUUUCAAGUUCGUCCGCACAUCAGCUGCAACACCACAGCUCAGCAGCGUUGCAUAGUCAGCAUCAAAAUUCGCUGCACCAUACCACCCACCAUCACACGCACAGUCACAUAAACGCGCACGUAACCGCCGUUUCGUCACCCGCUAACGCAACGAAUUCAGCCAGUACCGCAUCUGUAAUGGCCGCCGCCGCUGCACACCUGCACCACAAUGCGCAGGCGACUUCGCCGAUGACAAAUCUACAUCAAAACAUGGGUGGCCUGAUGAAUAGUGGCAGUAGCGCCAGCGACGUCUUCUUUAGUUUAAUGAUACAAAAUACAACGAAACGUCAAAACGAGGAACACAUCAAAAGGCCAAUGAAUGCAUUCAUGGUUUGGUCUCGACUCCAGCGGCGAAAAAUUGCACAGGAUAAUCCGAAAAUGCAUAACUCCGAAAUAUCGAAACGUUUAGGUGCCGAAUGGAAACUUCUAACCGAAGAUGAAAAACGCCCAUUUAUCGAUGAAGCAAAGCGACUACGUGCUAUGCACAUGAAAGAACAUCCCGACUACAAAUAUCGUCCCAGAAGAAAACCGAAAGCAUUGCGCCGAGAUGGUUACCCUUAUCCGAUGCCAUAUCCAUCAGUGCCCGUGGAGGCGUUACGUGCAGGUAUAACGCCAGGGUACUUUGCGCCAGGGCCAGCAGCAGCAUAUCACUUGGGCAGCCAUCUGACACAGACCAAUUCACCAGCAUCACAGACCGGCCAAAUGGAUGUACCGAAAUUCGCGCUAGAUCGCAGCUCGUACCUGAGCUCCGCAGCCACAGCUGGCACGCUGUACGAGACCUCGAAAGCUGCCCAAGCGAGUGCCGCCUACAGCGCCUACUUGGACCCCAGCGUCCUUACAAAGGCAUAUUUCGACUCCAAAAUGUAUCAAGAUCGUGCUGCCAACUAUGCCUUUGACAUUUCGAAAAUCUACGGUGCCCAACAGCAUGGCACAUCGGCGGCUGCCGCUGCAGUGGCGCAUCAACAGCAACAGCAACACUUGCUCAAUGGUCUAGGUAUAGGCAGCUCACAUCAGAAUAGCAGCAACAAUAAUAACAACCAUACAACAGCGAAUAACAAUCUGGACGAACGCGACAAUACACCGCAUUUAGACAGCAGCAGUGGCGCCGGUGGUGGAGUUCCAAUUGGUGUGGCGGAUUCUAAGCCACAUCUACACUCGCCAACGGACGCACAACUUGACUAUUCACAAUACGCACAGUACGGACAAGUUGGUGGAGCCGCCGUUGGUUUGGGUGGUGGCGUGGUUAGCAACGGCGGUUUGGGUGGCAUUGGCUCGGGUAGCGGACCCGGCGUAACUGGUGCUGGUGGCGAUUUUCGACGUCCGCUCACAGUCAUAUUUUGACCACCAUCCGUCGAGAGUGAGGAACUCAACCUGUCCAUGACGAACUAGAAUUGGAAAAAGUGAGGUUAUAAGCAUAAGAACAUAUAGUGAAUCAAAAAAACUUGUACAGCGAGAUGGUUUCAAACUUUUGAGAUGCAUCCAAAAGUGUUAAAAAUGCCUUUUUACACAUUUUCAUAAUUUAAAUUUUUUUAUUUCAUUGCCAUUCUAACUUCUUCUUUACUGCCAUUGUAACUCACGAACAAUUUUUUUUGCUUAUUUAAAUGAAAUUUUUUUUUUAAGAUACAGAUUUCCUCAAAAAAAUAUACACACAUACAUUGUAUAUCUAAAUUAACUCCAUUUUCCAAACAAACAAAUUCGACAUACAUUUGCAUAGCUGGGCAGCCACCUCCAUGCGAAAGUCUUAUUUAAUUUUUUGUAUAGUGAUGAUCUGUACGUUUAGCUCUUCUUAUGUCAUACAAAUCGACGCUGAUUCAAAUAAAUUAAAUAAAAUUAAAAUUAAAUACUCAUCGGUAAAAAUUACAGAAUCACAAAAUUCGGUAUCACGGUGUAUACACUUUUUAUAGGCAACGUUUCGUAAUAUUUCUCUAUAUACGUAUAUAGUAUACGCUCUAAAAUCGGGCGAAAGCAAGAAGUUCCAAGCAGUUUGAGGUUGGACUUUUGCAAUAGUAGCUUUCUCCAACUCCUUGGCAUUAACGACAGCGGAUAUUUUGGGGUGUUCCUGAUACUCCGUUCCACUACCAAGACGUCUUUUGUUUCCUUGCCAAUUUCGACUCCAGAUUCUGUGAAUCCAAAGAUAUUUGUUUAUUCACCAUGUUUUCUUCAAAAUAUACAACCCCAAAAUUCGUUCAUCAAAAACACACAUAAUUUUGACUAUACGUUUAUAAAACAAAACAAUAAUAUCGGUACGUACUAGAAUUUAAUUUAAAGUGUUGUCUACGUAAUUGCAAAAGUCUUUUUGACUGCCAAAAACCAGAUAAAAUUCGAGAUAAUUGUUAAAAUGUUUAUAAAAAUACAAAAACUGCAUAAGAUUCCGAUACUGUUGUUCUAGGUUACAGCUUAAAAGCUGAAAUAGUUUAAAAGAAAAGUCCAUUCAAAGUCAAAACAUCUAUCUGUACAAGUUUUUUUUGUUUCACUGUAUAUACAAAUGUAUGCGUUUCAGCGAUAACCGUAAAUCGUACGAAUAUUUCACAACAACGGUUUUAUUUCUAGAAUCUUAGUACAUAGCUGCAUAUACAAGUAUAAAAUAAACGAAUAUCUAACAAA